CAGAAGUAGUACAUCCGGGUACUUUCACUGACCUUGGGUUGUUUGUGAGAAUCAUGGCGUCUCUUGUCAGGAUAACUUCUGUUUGUCACAGAGGUGUCAGCCCUCUGUUAUUUCGCUCUUCAUUGCUGAUCAGACCUUUGGCUGUACAGAAGAAGGAUCGUGACUGCCCAUACUUAAUAUCUGCAAAAAUACAUGCAUCUCCAUCUAAUUAUGCAGGUUCUGGGUCCAAAUCUGCUUCCCUGCACUGGACAGGUGAGCGUGUCUUGAGUGCAGCUCUUCUGGGGUUGAUUCCAGUUGCGUAUUGUUACCCAGGCCCGGCUGUUGACUACUCCUUAGCUGCCGCACUCACUCUGCAUGGGCACUGGGGUCUUGGUCAAGUUGCGACAGACUACGUUCAUGGAGACUUAAAAGAAAAGAUGGCUAAGGCCGGCAUCUUCGUUCUGUCGACCGUCACCUUCGCUGGCCUUUGCUACUUUAACUACCAUGACGUGGGGAUUUGUAAAGCUGUGGCCCUAUUGUGGAGUAAAUAACUGGACUAAAAUGGGCAGUGGGGUAUUUUGGGAUCUGCUUUCAUCAUCGGUUCUUUUCUGCUUUAUAAAUUUGUCACCUUAUAUGUAAAUUAUAUAAAUAUAUAAUUUUUUGACAACACACAAUGUUGAUUCACAAGCGUUUUUAAUUGUAAAUGCUGUGAGUUGUUCAGAACAUAAGUUGUGCUUUUGCUUAAUGUGGAAAUCUCUGCAUAUAAAAUCAGUGUUGCAAAUGCAUUUAACUGAGCAAAAUGUCGGGGUUAAAAGAGAUCUGCGGUUCAUAACCCUAAAUGGCACCUUCUGUAGUAGACAAUGAUUUGGACCAUGAGCAGAUUAUGUUGUACUGUGUUUCUCAGAUUUUGAUUGAUGUUAUUGCAAAUAUCACAGGUAUUCACUCUUAUGACUGCUCAUAACAUCUUGCGAAUUGUAACAUUGACAGUAUUUCAGCUUUGUGUCAUAAUAACUUUGCAUGGCUGUAUUUCUUUGAAAAUGCGAUACAUUAUUGGCCAUCUGUAAUGGGAGUGAUGUACAUUAACCACAGUUUAUGUAAAAUGCUCAAAAAACAGACUUGCGACACUCUGAUCAGUAUAACUGAUAACUCAUGUGGGUCAUAAAGUUAUUCUAAAAUUGAGUCUAUAAAUAAAAAAAUAGUUUUGAAUA